AUGGAUUCGGACGUGGGUUCCCACUGGGUGCAGCGAUUACUAGUACCGGGAAAAGCUGAUGUCGACGACGGAAGCGAUCGGAGGCAGCCAUCGUCACCGACAACCGCGGCCCCUGUGGUUCGCUGUGUGAACGUCGAGACUGCGAUGCACGCGCCGGCGUUCCGUGUUGAGCGAACACGCUGGCGGAUGGUGUUGAUAACAGCGGACGGCUCGCUCGGCCAAGAUGGACAAAAAUGGCGGACUGGAACGGUGCAGGAAUGCAUCGUGAGCAGGAACGCCACACACGGUGUCCGGAGGCCAAAGGAGUCGGACGUGCAGUUGCAGCCCAGGCCAGCCGCUACACACUGGCCCAAACCCUUUGGUGCCUUUCCCCCGACACUUGGGCAAGCCGGCAUCGAUCACUAUCUAGUGGGUCAGACCGUAGAGAAGACAGAUAACAUAAACACCCGUACGACUACGGAUCAGACCAGGGUCGAGGUCGAGUGCGAUUUGCGCACUCGAUGCACCGGCGCCGCGGAGAUAGACCAAACGGGGCUGCGGGCAUGCCGUCUGGUCGCGAGUGGCUCUUGGUUGCCGGCGCGGAGCUCUCAAGGAGGACCGGUGCCGCGGAAACCGAGGAUCGCGACAGCAGAGAUAGCUGAAUGGCAGGAUGAUGUAUUGGAUGGGAUGCCAGCAACGGCCUCACGGGAGUGUGCCACAAAAGAGAGCUCCGGCCUUGUACUCGAGGCCGGCCAGAGCGAACAGAACAUUCUCGCAGUCGAGGUUUUUGCAUUGCAUAUAACGUCUGGCCACCGUCAACAGAGACAGGACGACGACGAUCAUGUGCUUACCAAGUCGGGCCCCAAGCUGGACGUCAUGCGGGACCAUACUCUUGCCGGUCAUUAUUGA